CCGGCGCUUCCGUCACAUUUUCCCAUUCAUGCAGUCUCUUUUUUUCCACCCUUCCCUCCCUUCCCUUCCAUUCACUUCCCCUCAAAAACAAACCACACACAAACCAGAUCACAAUCCCCGGGGUUAUCAUAUCAUACCCUCCUCCGAUCUCGCUUGUCCCCCAUGGCCUCCUCUACUCUCGAAGCUACCGGCGCUCCAGCCGCUCGCAUCAACUCUACUGCUUCCACCAUUGCGGACUACGCUUACCCGUAUGGCCAUCUGGGACACUUGACACAGAAGCAGGAGGAGGCUUUUGUCCAGUUUAAGAAGGUCCUUGAGGAGAGGGGUCUUUUGAAAGUCGGACCUCCGCCUUCUCAUGAUGAUCCUUUGAUCUUGCGAUACUUGCGCGCGCGAAGAUGGAAUGUCGAGGAUGCGUAUACUCAAUUCAAAGAGACAGAAGAUUGGCGCAAGACAAACGAUUUGGACGUUUUAUACGACACCAUUGAUCUAAGCGCCUACGAUUUCAGCCGUCGCCUCUACCCCCAAUGGACCGGCCGACGCGACCGUCGCGGAAUCCCCCUCUACGUUUUUGAAGUCAAGACCCUCGACUCCAAGACCGUCCACGAGUAUGAAAAGGUCGGCGCAUCGAGUACCUUUUCCAAAGCCAAGUCCGACGGCAAGACGCCAAACGGUCUGUUGCGCUUAUUCGCCUUGUAUGAGAACUUGACGCGCUUCAACAUGCCGUUCUGCACACAACUCCUCGACCGCGAGUAUCCCGAGGUUCCUAUCACAUUGAGCACAAACAUUGUUGAUAUUUCGGGCGUCGGGCUGAAGCAGUUCUGGAAUCUUAAGCAGCAUAUGCAGGCUGCUUCACAACUGGCCACGGCGCAUUACCCCGAGACGCUGGAUCGCAUAUUCGUGAUUGGCGCGCCGGCGUUUUUCAGCACUGUUUGGGGUUGGAUCAAGCGCUGGUUCGAUCCUAUCACUGUGUCCAAGAUUUUCAUCCUCGGUCAUCACGAGGUGAAGAGUGUUCUGGAGCAGUACAUUGAACCCCGAAACAUUCCUAAGAAGUAUGGCGGCGAGCUUGAUUACAACUUUGGAGAACUCGGUAACCCUGAUCCUAACUGGGAGGGUGUCGUUGAGUUUGAGAAUGGACACAAGACGUUCCCCAGCGGACCGUUAUUGUGGGAGGAGGACUCGAACGGAAGACUAGUCUGUAUGGCUAAGGGCUCCAAGGACGGUCAACCUCGAAACGAGAGAAUCUGCACAAUUCCCAAGACCUUUGGCCUCGCGCCCGUGGUGGAAAUCUCCAGCGGCGAAACAGUUGUUGAAACACCAGCGGAAACCACCGACGCAGCUGCCCUCAACGGAAACGGCCACCCCGUAUCUCCCCAAGGAACACAUGACGAUGGUGUUCAGACCGACGAUGCGCUCUUGAGCGGCGACGUGAACGAGAAGUUGAAGCUGCAAGACGACAAGCCUGUCGCGGCACAGACGACUACUGUGUGAUGGAAGCAUUAUAUCCUAGAGAUGGCGAAGACUGGCAUACCCUGGAAGCAAGUUUUGGAUAAGAUGGUUUGAAGUAAGAGAUGGACUGGCUGUAUCUGUUGAAGUACACGGAGCAUAUCCCUUUCUGUUUGGCGUAUCAUGUUUAGAACCUCCCGUUGAAGCGGUGAUAUGGUUGUGAAUAUAUAAUCGUGAUUCCCUGUUAAUAUUGAACAAUUGACAUUUUUAUUCUAUUUUCUGAAUA